AUGGCCUCCCAAGCUAAAGUAGCGAAAUCCGAUGGAAAAAACAAUCAUGAUAAUAUCGACGAGCAAGCAGAUAAAGAGCAACAAGAAGCUAUAGAACAAAUAGAUGAAGUACAGAAUGAAAUAGACAGACUCAAUGAGCAGGCCAGUGAAGAAAUAUUGAAAGUUGAACAGAAAUUUAACAAAAGUCGGCAGCCAUUUUUCCAGAAGAGAUCAGAUCUGAUUGCUAAAAUACCAAACUUCUGGUUCACUGCUUUUGUAAAUCAUCCCCAAGUCUCUGCUCUAUUAAACGAAGAAGAUGAAGAAGCUUUACAGUAUCUAACCAAGGUGGAAGUUCAGGAAUUCGAAGAUAUAAAAUCUGGCUAUAAAAUAAACUUCAGUUUUGAUACAAAUCCUUAUUUUGAUAAUGAAAUAAUUUCUAAAGAAUUUCACCUGAAUGAUACUGGGGAACCUUCGUCGAAAUCUACAACAAUAAAAUGGAAAUCAGGAAAGGUGGAAUUAUUACAGAAUAUUGCUGUCACCCAUGUCCGUCUUACGCCGAGUAAAGGUGGAAGGAAGAGAAAUCAUGAUGAAGGGGAUCAAGAAUCGUUUUUUAACUGGUUUUCUGAUCAUAAUGAUGCUGGAGCAGAUGAACUUGGUGAAGUGAUAAAGGAUGAUAUAUGGCCUAAUCCAUUACAAUAUUAUUUGGUAAGUGAUCUCGGUGAUGAUGAUAUAGAUGAAGAAGACGAAGGAUUAGAUGAUGAUGGGGAGGGUGAAGAUGAUCUCGAAAAUGAAGGUGAAGGAGACGAAGAUGAUUUAGAAGAUGGAGAUGAAGGCGGCGAUGAUGAAGAUGCAUAG